AGCGGGCCCCCGCUCUCCUCCUUCAUCAUGGACGAGGAAACGCUGAAGAGAAAGCAGAAGGAGAAGCUGAAGAAGCUGAUGGCCACAGGAGGCAACCCAAGACCUGCGCGCUCUCUGCUGGUCCUGACCCUCAGGAAUCCCUUUCGAAAGGCCUGCAUCAGUGUGGUGGAGUGGAAACCCUUUGAGAUCAUCAUUCUGCUGGCCAUUUUUGCCAACUGCGUGGCCCUGGCCGUGUACCUGCCCAUGCCUGAGGAGGACAGCAACAACACCAACAGCAACCUGGAAAGCCUGGAGUACAUCUUCCUCAUCAUCUUCUCCAUCGAGUGUUUCCUCAAGAUCGUGGCGUAUGGAUUUCUCUUCCACGCGGACGCAUACUUACGAAACUGUUGGAACAUACUGGACUUCGUCUGCGUGUCUGUCGGGCUCUUCACUGUCGCGGUCGAUGCCAUCAACCACAUCAGUGGCGUGGAGGCACCAGUGGGGGAGAAAGGUGGUGGGUUUGACAUGAAAGCUCUGCGUGCGUUCAGAGUGCUCAGACCUCUCAGGCUGGUCUCUGGAGUCCCAAGCCUGCAGGUGGUGAUGAACUCCAUCCUCAAGUCCAUGCUGCCUCUGUUCCACAUCACUCUCCUGGUCCUCUUCAUGGUCACCAUCUACUCCAUCAUGGGUCUGGAGCUCUUCAAGUGCAAGAUGCACAAGACGUGCUACUACGCUGGCACAGACAUCAUCGCCACGGUGGAGAACGAGAAGCCGGCCCCAUGUGCGCAGGCAGGGAACGGGCGCAGGUGCACCAUUAACGGCACAGAGUGUCGCGCCGGCUGGCCGGGUCCAAAUAAUGGCAUCACUCACUUUGACAACCUUGGAUUUUCCAUGUUGACUGUUUACCAGUGCAUCACCACGCAAGGCUGGACAGACGUCCUCUACUGGGUGAACGAUGCCAUAGGGAUGGAGUGGCCCUGGAUCUUCUUCACGACGCUCAUCCUCGUUGGGUCAUACUUUGUUCUCAACCUGGUUCUGGGUGUGCUUAGUGGUGAGUUCACAAAGGAGCGAGAGAAGGCCAAGUCCCGAGGAGAGUUUCAGAAGCUGAGGGAGACCCAGCAGCUGGACGAGGAUCUAAAGGGCUACAUGGAGUGGAUCACUCAGGCAGAGGUCAUGGAUAAUGACCAGGAGGGCCAAGGUCAGUCUGUGCAUGUGCUGUUGUUCUUGCUAAACUGUAGCUUCGGAAACAUGUAUUUCAGGCCUGCUGACGACAGAGAACGGAGGAUCUGAGGCAGGCAUACGUAAAACGUUCAUCAGCUUGAGAGCGACGGUGUUCCUCCGACUCAGGGGUCCCUCCUCGUCUGCAGUAAGCUGGCUCGCAAGUGGAAUCGCUGGCUGCGUCGCAAAUGCCGAGUGUAUGUGAAGUCCAGACUCUUCAACUGGUGGGUGAUCAUGCUGGUCUUCCUCAACACGCUGGCCAUCGCGUCCGAGCACCACAAGCAGUCGGAGAGGCUCACAAACUGGCAAGACAACGCCAACAAGCUGCUCCUGUCCAUGUUUUCCUUGGAGAUGUUCAUGAAGAUGUAUGCGCUGGGCUUACCCUCCUACUUCAUGUCCCUCUUCAAUCGCUUUGACUGCUUUGUUGUGUCCACCGGCAUCAUGGAGCUCAUCCUGGUCCACAUGGACAUCAUGUCGGUGAUGGGUAUCUCUGUGCUGCGCUGCAUACGGCUGCUCCGCUUGCUUAAAGUCAGCAGGUAUUGGACGUCUCUCAGUAACCUGGUGGCAUCCCUCCUCAACUCGGUCCGCUCCAUCGCCUGCUUGCUGCUCCUCCUUUUCCUCUUCAUCGUCAUCUUCUCGCUGCUGGGCAUGCAGGUGUUUGGAGGGAAGUUUAACUUCCCUGACCAGGCCAAACCCCGGAGCACCUUUGACAGCUUUCCCCAGGCCCUCAUCACCGUCUUCCAGAUUUUGACUGGUGAAGACUGGAACGCCGUCAUGUACGACGGCAUCAUGGCUCACGGAGGACCCACCAUGCCAGGCAUCCUCGUCAGCCUCUACUUCAUCAUCCUCUUCGUCUGCGGGAAUUUCAUCCUUCUCAACGUGUUCCUGGCCAUCGCCGUGGAUAACUUGGCCGAGGCCGAGUCGCUGACGUUGGCGCAGAAGGAGAAAGCGGAGGAAAAGAUUCGGAAGAAAGCACUCAGGGCCAACAUGCCGAACAAGACCUCAGAGGAAAAGGCCAACCUUGCUAAGAAGCUGGCCGAGCAGAGAGCCAAAGGUGCGGAGGGAAUCCCGACGACAGCCAGGCUGAAGAUCGAUGAGUUUGAGUCCAAUGUGAAUGAGAUUAAGGAUCCCUUCCCACCGGCGGACUUCCCCGGCGAUGACGAAGAGGAAGACCCGGAAAUUCCCGAGAGUCCCAGACCCCGGCCCAUGGCUGACCUGCAGCUGAAGGAAGAAGCCGUGCCCAUGCCUGAAGCCAGCUCCUUCUUCAUUUUUGGACCACAAAACAAAUUCAGGAAGUUGUGCCACCGUAUCAUCAAUGCCACGACCUUCACCAACAUCAUUCUGCUCUUCAUCCUGCUGUCCUCCAUCUCCUUAGCAGCAGAGGAUCCAAUAGACCCACUGUCUUUUAGGAACCAGGUGCUGGCGUAUGCUGACUACGUCUUCACUUCCGUCUUCACAGCAGAAAUUGUCCUCAAGAUGACGACGUACGGGGCCAUUCUCCACAAAGGCUCCUUCUGCCGCAACUCCUUCAACAUUCUGGAUCUUCUGGUCGUUGGUGUUUCGCUGCUGUCGAUGGGAAUGGAAUCCAGUGCCAUCUCCGUGGUGAAAAUCCUCAGGGUGCUGAGGGUCCUGAGGCCCCUCAGGGCCAUCAAUCGAGCCAAGGGUCUUAAACACGUGGUCCAGUGUGUGUUUGUGGCGGUCAAGACCAUUGGCAACAUUGUACUGGUCACCAUGUUGCUGGACUUCAUGUUCGCCUGCAUCGGAGUUCAGCUCUUCAAGGGGAAGUUCUACGCUUGCACAGACCCCGACCAGAUGACUGAGGAGAGAUGCAAAGGCUGGUACAUAAAGUACCAGGAGGGGGCGCUUCAUGAGAUGGAGGUGCGCGAGAGGCUGUGGAUCAACUCCGAGCUGAACUUCGACAACAUCUUCAACGGCAUGCUGGCGCUCUUCACCAUCUCCACGUUCGAAGGAUGGCCCAAGCUUCUCUAUAAAGCCAUUGAUUCCAAUGUGGAGGACAAAGGUCCAGUGUACAACAACCGUGUGGCCAUCUCCAUCUUCUUCAUCAUCUACCUCAUCCUCAUCGCCUUCUUCAUGAUGAAUAUUUUUGUGGGCUUCGUCAUCGUCACCUUCCAGGAGCAAGGAGAGCAGGAGUACAAAAACUGCGAGCUGGACAAGAACCAGCGUCAGUGUGUGCAGUACGCCCUGAAGGCUCGGCCCCUCAGGUGCUAUAUUCCUAAAAACCCCUACCAAUAUCAGGUGUGGUACAUCGUCACCUCCUGCUACUUCGAGUAUCUAAUGUUCCUGCUGAUCAUGCUCAACACCAUGUGCCUGGGGAUGCAGCACUGCAACCAGUCCGACCAUGUCACGCACCUCUCCAACAUGCUGAAUGUGAUUUUCACUGUGCUCUUCACCGUCGAGAUGAUCCUCAAACUCAUGGCCUUCAAAGCCAAGGGCUACUUUGGAGACCCUUGGAAUGUUUUUGACUUCGUCAUCGUCAUCGGCAGCGUUGUGGAUGUGAUGCUCAGCGAAAUUAACGCGGCGCUGGUGACCUCUGGUGGCCUGUACUGUCUUCACGGCUGCGAUUCUGAAGAGAACAUGAGCGUGUCCAUCACUUUCUUCCGACUCUUCCGAGUCAUGCGUUUGGUGAAACUGUUGAAUCGCUCAGAGGGAAUCCGGAACCUUCUGUGGACCUUCAUCAAGUCCCUCCAGGCUCUUCCUUAUGUGGCGCUCCUCAUCCUCAUGCUCUUCUUUAUCUACGCUGUGGUGGGGAUGCAGAUAUUUGGUAAAAUCGCUCUGGUCGACGGGACGUAUAUCAACAGGAACAACAACUUCCAGACCUUUCCGCAAGCGGUGCUGCUGUUGUUCAGAUGCGCCACCGGGGAGGCGUGGCACGAAGUGAUGUUGGCCUCCAUGUACGGGAAGAGGUGCGACCCCAAGUCGGACUACCUGCCGGGGGAAGAGUACACCUGCGGCUCCAACUUCGCCAUCAUCUACUUCCUGAGCUUCUACAUGCUCUGCGCCUUCCUGAUCAUCAACCUGUUUGUGGCUGUGAUCAUGGACAACUUCGACUACCUGACACGUGACUGGUCCAUCCUGGGCCCGCAGCACUUGGAUGAGUUUAAGAAAAUCUGGGCAGAGUACGAUCCAGAGGCAACGGGGCGGAUUAAGCACCUGGAUGUGGUGACCUUGCUGCGGCGCAUUCCUCCGCCGCUUGGUUUUGGCAAGUUCUGUCCACACCGCAUCGCCUGCAAGAGACUGGUGUCCAUGAACAUGCCUCUGAACAGUGAUGGCACAGUCACCUUCAAUGCCACACUUUUCGCCCUGGUCAGAACCGCACUGAAGAUAAAAACUGAAGGUAACUUUGAACAAGCCAAUGAAGAGCUGCGUGGGAUCAUCAAGAAGAUCUGGAAGCGCACCAGCAUGAAGCUGCUGGACCAAGUCAUUCCACCUAUAGGAGAUGACGAAGUGACGGUGGGAAAGUUCUACGCCACCUUCCUGAUCCAGGAUUACUUCAGGAAGAUGAAGAAGAGGCAGGAGGAGUACUACGGCUUCAGGUCCACCAAGAAAAGCGCCACCAACGAGAUACAGGUGCGUGCAGGACUGAGGAACAUCGACGCCGAGGCGGCCCCGGAGCUCCAUCGCGCCAUCUCUGGAGACCUGAUGAACGAGGACGAGCUGGACAGAGCGGCAGAAGAAGCCGCGGCCGAGGAAAUAUUCCGGAGGCAAGCCAGUCUCUUCGGCACGGCCGAGCCCUUUUCCAUAGAGGCUGAGGCCGCUUUUGGGAAUCAAGCCACCCACCAGCGACCCCUUCAGAUGGCGGAGGGAGGAGCCCACAACCAGACGAGAAGCGUGUAAAGCCGAGUCCGUCGUGAGAGCCAGGCCGUGUCCUCGCUCUCACCAGGUUCCAGUGAAAGUCCUAGUUACGUAGUGAAGCGUGUGGAUGGUGUACGGCUUCAGGAAGUCAGCGAAUGUUGGGAACUUCAGGCACUUUACAUCCGUUCUAACAAGAUCCCGUUGUGAUGUCAGACAGACCGGGGGAGGCUUUAUUUAAG